AUGUGCAGCUUUGCUAAAAGGUGCCCCAAUGCAGUCCGCGAUGCCGAGCGUGACAUGUACGAGGAGAAGCUGGCUGGCCAGGAGUUGAAGCAGGGGGCGACUGCAGCCGCGCUCGAUGACGCACUUGGCGCGGUCAGUGGCGGAUCGGGGAAGAAAGGCAAGAUCACCGAUAUUUUUGGCAAUGAGGCGAAGUGCGACAAGGAGGCUGCGGAUGACGCGAUAUGCCUCAUGUUCGCGGGGUUGCAUCUUCCGGAGAGCAUCGCUGAUGAGGAGCUCUUCCGCCAUGCUGUCCGGCGGGAUGGUGUCACGUCGGCGUCGGAGAUGAUGACCGACCGUUGUGGCCGGCCCCGAGUCAACGUCCUCCUCGUGAACGAUUGUGCACCGGUUUUCGUGGAAUCGGUGGACUGCCACAUCGAAACGAAGACAGGCGGGUACAUCGCCAGCAUUCUCAGCCCCAUCUUGGAUAAGGUGGGGCCGGAGAAUGUUGUUGCAGUAUGCACGGAUGGUGGCAGAGUGGCGGCCAGGAAAAUCGCGACCAUGUGGCCCCACAAUGAGCACGUGCCGUGUGCCACGCACGUGCUCGACCUGUUGAUGGAAGAUGUGGGCAAGAUGGGAUGGGCAAAGGGGGUCGUGGAGAGGACGGGGGAGAUGAUUAACUAUGUGCGGAACCACCACUUCACCUGUGGAUUCAUGAGGAAGGGGAAGGGGAAACAAGUGUUGAAGCCGGCAGGGACGAGAUUCGGGACACAGUAUAUAGCUGUGUCCCGUCUCUGUGAGGUGCGGCGAGGGCUCACGCAGCUGGUGUUUAGCGAUGAAUGGAAGGAGUGGGCAACAGGGGGAAAGCGGGCAGCGGCAGAGGCGUUCAGGGGGAAUGUGAUGGAUGAGGAGUGGUGGAAGGCGUCCGACUGCCUCUCCUCGGGGGACUUGGGCGGCCUCAAGCACCCCACCAUGGACGCCCCUGCAGAUGCUGUGAUGCGUGUGGCUCAGCUCGCCCUCUCCUGCACCGCAGAGCGCACUGCAGCCCGCCCAAGCAUGUCACACGUCGCCAACGAGCUGCAGGCCAUCCGGGAGGAGGUGGUGGGGAAAGAGGAGCUGAGCGCGGCAGUAAAGGUGGAUGCACAGGUCAAGGAGAAGGAGAUUGUUGCCAGUGUGUUAAGCCUCGACGAACAGCUUCAAUUUCUUGAUGACAAGUUGGUUGUUGGAUAA